CUUUGGUCAGACACCUUCUCCUCUGAAAGACCGACGAUCAGAAUCGUCGCUGUACGAGAUGCCAUCCGGUCCAUCCCAUUGAACUUGGCUGAAGAUUCUGUUGAUGACAUGUACUUUGGCUGCAACGCGAGGAUGGCACAAAUCGUCAACAACAAAUACUUCAAUAAAGAGAACAAGGAGAUAUUUGCUGAAGCCUGGAAAAAGUGUGAUAAAAUUGCAACUGCCAAAUUCCGAAAUAAAGAUAAAAAAGAUGAAGCGUUGACCAAGAAUCACAAACAAGCAAUCUGUGCUUUUACAUCUAACUAUAAAGAGUUCUAUAAGACGUUCAACGUUGCAGUCCGAACAGGCAGAAAACAAUAUGGCACCUUUCCGUUCCACUUCUUACAUUUCUGGCUGACAUCUGCCGUACAGAUUCUCGGUAAUAAUACAGACUGUAAGAUCACUUACCGCAGAACACAGGAUGUGUUCACUGGUAAAGUCAACAAGAUAAUUCGCUUUGGUUCUUUUAGCUCCACCUCUGCCAGACCAGACCUGAAACACUUUGGUAACAAGACGUGCUUUGAAAUCAAGACCUGUUUGGGUGCUCCCUUGAAGAACUAUUCAAAAUUGACCAGUGAGGAAGAGGUGCUUAUUCCCCCUUAUGAGUGCUUUAAAAUAAUCAAGAAAAUUAAGAAAAAAAUUCCACAAAAUCUGCGCGACUGUAAGAGCGUGUAUAUCCUAGAGAGUGCAGGAGUUCUCAGCAAUCUGAACUGCAAAGAUGCAUAUGCAAGAAAGACCAGGUGGAGCAGAGUGAGCAUCAUUUAGUCCUGUCUAGCAAACCGAGUGAUUCUUCAAAAGUCCAAGCUCAUUACAAUAUGUCUAUGCAUUCACCUCAACCGCUGACUUCAUGCUUGAGUUUGCAUGCUUCCACAACAAUGUGUUCAACCACAUGAAUGUGCAUCAACGUGUUUUGCUUUUAUCAGCAUUUCAACAUUUGUAAUUUUCUACAUGAAUUCAAUAAAUUGGUGAAAGAGCAA